ACGUGGAUCAUAUUAUUUUGACGUAAACCUUAGUCAGCGAAUUCCUCCUUUGUUAUUGAAUUGCGGAAGCGCGAGUUUGGAAUCCCGGAAAAUUGAGUCGAGUGUUUGGUAUCAGUCACGAUGGAGCGGGCUCGAGGCGAAGUCGUGCUCGUCACAGGUGCCCAAGGUUUUUUGGGUCGACACGUGGUCAGGCACUUACGAAAGGAUGAAACGGUGAAAGAAAUUCGCGAACUGGAUAAGCAGCCUAGCGAUCAAUCGGAAAAUGGUGAUGAAGCGGUAACCGAAGAUGGAAAACUAAUGAAAACUUAUCAGAGAGAUUUAAAAGACAUGGAAUCUUGUCGUUCGGUUCUCAAAGACGUUGACGUUGUUCUCCACUGUGCAGCUCUCGUGUCCUACGAAUUCCCACCCUCCAAAGAAGCCCUUCGUGCAAACAACGUAUUAGCAACGGAAAAUUUGUUGAAGCUGUGCAUAGAGGAGGGUGUGAACCGUUUUAUUUAUUGCAGCACGACUGAAGUGACACUCCAGUCAUAUGGAAGGGGCGGAUUCAUUUCUGUCGUCAUUUAUGCCAAUGAGACGAAAUCCGGCACACCGGAAAAUGGAGAUAAAUUGAUUUUCGGAGAAUACGCCGCGUCGAAACUGGAAGCUGAAAAAUUGGUUCUCCGAGCCAAUGAAAAAUCUUUGGCAAAUGGAAAAGGAGUCCUGCACACGCUCUCUUUAAGGCCGUCUUUUCUGUAUGGCGACGGUGACGAAAAAUUCAUUGGAAAAUUUCUCAAAAUUGGAAAAAAUCGAGGAAACUCUUUGCUGCGUCUCGCUGGUGUUGGCGGAAAGCAGCAAAUCACGUAUGUAGGUAAUGCGGCAUGGGCUUUCAUAUGCGCGAAAAACGCAUUGAGAGAGAGCCCUGAAUCAGUAGCCGGACUCCCGAUUACGAUCACCGACGAUACUCCCGUUAUUGACGUUUUGCGCUUCUGUCAAAAAGUUUCAAAAGACAGUAAAAAUUGCGUGAGCCCAUCAGCUUGGAAUAUUCCGUCGUUGUUCUCCUAUUUGUGCGGUUGGAUCGUUGAAAUCUUAACGAACUUUGAUCCAGGAUUUUUCGGCAAAUUACCGAUAGCGCCGAGAAGCGUGGUAGCUUAUAUGGGGUCAUUGAUAUUGUACGAUCGAACGAGAGCCUCGAUUCAUCUGAAUUACGAUCCUUAUUACUCAGCAGAUGAAUCCUUGACUCGGGCCUCUAACUACUAUUGUAAAUUACUGGAUAAUUAAUUGUUUGGAUAAUUAUCCAAAUGUAUUUCAGGAAGCAUUAUUUUAUUGAAAAAGUCCUUAUUUCUAGAUUUGAAACGAUAAAUAAAAAGUAAAAAACGUUAUGAUGGUAAUGAAAAACUCGCUUUUUUACAUUCACGUGGAAUCGAAUUUAGAUCAUCGUAUGUUUUCCGGUUGAUUUUUCAGACGUCAACAUCUUCCUCGAGCACUUUAACUUGGGAAAUCAAUUCACUUAUAUCUUUGCCCCUGUAACAAAUAUUAUUGUAUGCAUUUAUGAAGUAAAAAUAAACGGAAACGUUAAUACGGAAUAAUAAACGCAAAUUAAACGCA